UCUUGCCGCGACAAGGUCAGAGUCUUUCGGCUGAGCACGAUGGUUCGCGCCUAUAAUGUACACUGGUAAAUACAGUAGGUUUUUAAACUAGAUGCCGAUCAGCUUUUCUCAAAUGUAAGCAGUUUUUGACGUGGGAUUUUACUGUUCGGGCGGCCUCGGCUCCAGCAGCCCUUUUAAUCCUUUCCCAGAAUGCAUUGUGCCUGUCUCGGGUCUAGCGAUGGUGUAUUUCCUGUUUAUCGGCGCAGUGCUUUGUUUGAUCAUUUUUUGACGUUAAAUACACCGGGAAUGCCAAAUAUUGGUCGAUUUCUUCAGUUGGGGUUUGGAUUGUCGAUAAUUCACUGUGAGAGCCGUGUUCCGAAGAGUGCCGGGAAAAGACUCGGAAAGCCCGCAUGCAAGCAGUUUGUCAUUGUGAUUUUUAUCCCAGUUCGCUGUACUGAGGAGAGGACACAACCAGAGAGACAGAAGCAGAAAUACAUACCCCCCACACUCACCACCCCCUCACCCCACCCCACCCACCAACCCCCACACAGAGCCCCCCCUGCGAGCAAGCACACCAGCCAGCCAGCGAGCGUCGUCGAGCUACCCGGUCGUCCGGCCCGAUGGACGAUGUGGAGACGGAGCUGGUGUCCUCGGAGCACGAGGCCCUGGGCGCGGACUUCAUCACGGUCGAGCUGGACACACAGCCCAUCGAGUAUGUGGUGAAGUGGGCCGAGGUGGGCUCUAAGUUCACCAUCUCCUGUGUGAAGAAGGAUGGCUCGGAAGACGGCUUUGUGCCCGGCGAGAUCAAGCCCGAGCCCGACGAGAGCUUUUUCGCCACCUACGAUGUAGGUACGGUGUACCCCGAGUGCAUCGUGGAGGAGAGCGUGGAGGUGCCCCAGCCCGAAGAUGACGAGGACCAGGGGGACGAGGACAAUGACGACGACGACGGCAUGCAGAGCGCCUCCGACGACCAGAUGGAGGCCGCCGGCAGCAGCCUGCUGCAGCACCACGACCCCGACGACGAGGUGAUGGCGCCGCCCCGGUGGCGGGGAGGCGGAUCAACGGGCGGCGGUGGACGCACCGGCACGCGUGCCCCUAAAGGCAGCGGCUCGCACGCCUGCCACGUGUGCGGCAAGUGCUACAGCCACUCCUCCAGCCUGUCCCGCCACGUGCAGACGCACCGCAAGGGCACCGCCAAGGCCAUGGCCUCCCAUGCUCACCACUCGCACCCCACGCACGCGCACCCCACGCACGCGCACCCCGCAGUGGUGCACGCCAACCAGCACAAGGACGAGUACGUCAAGAGCGAGGGCAAGAAGACGCUGGUCUGCAACGUGUGCGGCGUGCGCUGCAAUGGCAAGCGGCUGCUGGCCAUCCACAAGAAGAGCCACAAGGCCAAGCGGCUACACACGUGCAACCUGUGCGGCAAGCACUUCAACCACAGCUCCAGCCUGUCGCGCCACCGCCUCAUCCACAAGGGCCGCGCGCCGUCGUCCUCCUCGGGCGGGCGGCCCGAGCUGGGCGGCAUGAUGGUGGCGCCCCCUAACGCCGCCAUGGGCAAGCCCAAGAAGAAGCGCGGCGGGCGGGGAGGCCGUGGUGGAAGAGGAGGCGGAGGCCGCGGAAGUGGCGUGGCAACCCUGGGAGUGGAAGGCAUGGAGGCGGCCAUGAGCGGAGGCGUGACUGUCACCGUGGGUGGCGAGAAGCAGUACCAGUGCACGCAGUGCGACCGCGUCUUCCGCACCUCCACAGCGCUCUCCAAGCACCAGGUGUCACACGUGCGGCAGCUGCUCAACUCCUACACGCAGGACAGCAAGGACCCGCUGGCCAAGUCCUCCGACCUCAAGAUCCGCCUCAAGCUCUGCUCGCGGGACAAGCCCAACUACUACACACUCUGCAAGAAGAACAAGCGCUCCAAGGCCGCCGCCCGGGCCCGUCUGGCCGCAGCCACGGCCGCUGCAGCCGCCGCCGCAGCAGCAGCCAACACCACCGACGAGGACGACGCAGAGUUCCGGCCCGACGGCAAGCAGUACAACUGCGGCAUCUGUCGCAAGAGCUUCGUGCGCCUCUCCAACCUGAAGCAGCACCAGCAGACGCACGCCACGGGCAAGCUCUACUCGUGCCUGCACUGCGGCAAGACUUUUGUGCACUCCUCCAGCUUCUCGCGGCACAAGAAGGUGCACUCGGGAGAGCGCGCCACCGCGGGUGGGCUGUCGAGCGGCAAGCAGCGCCAGAGGAGCCGCAUGGUCAUUGACGAGCAGGCGCCCCUGGAAACGGACUCUGAAUGAGAGGAGAUGGAUAUGAUAACCCCCACCAACCCCUAAAACCUAUAGCCCACCCCUUAACACGACCCACAAAGCCCCCAAUCCCACACCCGUGAAUCUUCACCCCCGUACUCCCUUCAACCUGAAAAACACAACCUCCCAUCUACCCCAACCUCCCACCCCCAUGACCCAACUCCUUAUUCUCCUUCUCCUCAGCAGCCGAAGUGUGUUUGUGUGUGUGGGGUUGAACUGGUGAGAGACACUGCUGACUGAGUUUAUGAGGAGAGGAAGAGAGAGGGAGAAGAGAAAAAAACAAACACACAAUUUUGCUCGUUUUGCUUGUUUUUUUUUUUUUUUGGUUAGGUUUUGGGAGUUGGCGUUUUUGUGUUUGCAUUUUGUUUUGGGUACCAUGUAAGAGCGCCUCCUUUGAAAAAGAAAAAAAAGCGCCUAAGUCACCUUCCCUCUUGCCCCCUUCCUCCGAUUUUAAAGAGAAUUCUCAUAGCUUAUUGUGUGUGUGUGUGUGUGUGUGUGUGCGCGUGCGUGCGUGGCUGUAAUUGUGAAUUAUUAGGGUUUAUUUUUCUUUUUUCUUUUUUUGUAGACAUUCCCUUCUUAGCUUGAAUGGUUCUGGAAGGUUAAUUUAUGUUAAUUUAAAAAUAAUUGAAUUUGAAUUUGAAUUUUUUUGGUGUGUGCAGGGAGCUGGUUAUUUAUGCCAGAUGAAUUGCGGUAUAUUACUCCCCCCUCCAGGAGAAAAAAGAAUUCUCACCAGAACUUCAAAAAAUGGAAAAAAAGAAAAAUGAAAACAGACAAAAAAAAAAUUGAGGGUGUUUAUUAAUGCGUUAUUUAUUUUUGAUAUAUGUGUCUGAACGCUGCCCCUCUCAGAAUGAAGAACUUCUAGCAUUUAACCCUUGCAGGGCUGCCUGAGGUGAAAAGGUCAGUCACAGUACCAGAAGGGGGCACGUUUUGGGGUGCCACUAUAAGAGUGGGAGCCCCCUCAGAACCCCCAAAUUUGUUCCUAGUGUAGCUUUCAGGCCUAGCACCGUUCUCCGUGCGGUUCCAGUUCCCCAGAUCUAGUCCAGGUUAUAAUUACACAUCCCAGAGUCACAACUCGUUGCAUUUUUUUGGUGGAUGUUCCUAAUCAUUCUCUCAACUGUUUUAUUUUUCUGUCUGAUCUUUCAUCACUUUUACAGUUCUGUAAGCUAAAAACACAAAGAUUUUCUCCAGGACUGAUCUUCAACAAGGCUUUCGUGUCUGUGUGUGUAUAACAUGUCGGUUCAAAAUUGAGUGUGGUUCCUGUUUCAUGUAGAUGACUUGGUUUGCUUAAUCGAUCGAUCAGCCUGCUCUCGGGCAGGGGGGUGAGCCUGUACCUAGGAUGAGAAAUUGGACAGACGUGACCCCCUAUCCCCAUCACCCGCCCCUUACCCUCACCCACCACCCAUCUCCAUGUCCUCUUCCUCUUUCUCCAUUCUUCAGACAUGCUCAUUCUGGAGUGCUGAAACCCCCUACCACUCAGAUCUUCUGGACUCAAAGUGGUCUCCCCAUAUCUGUCAAUGUACGAGAAUAAAAAAGAUAAGAAAAGAAAAACUAUUUUCUGGCAGUAUGUCAAAAUAUGAAAUCCAUUGUAUCCACCAGGAUUAUACAGGACUCUGAAUUUAAUACUCAGCAUAUAGAAAAAAUGUGACCAUAUAUAAAUAUAUAGAUAUAUAUAUUUGUGUGUGCAUGAUGAUACCAUGAGACUACACUUGAGAUAUCUGCGUUUAGCUUUUUCCUCCCCUUAUCCCCUCCCAUCCGCAAUGUUUUGUUUUGGACAACAGCAGUCCGUCAGGUGGGAUGUUGUGCAGGUCUGUCCGUGUUACUAGCAGCGCUUAUCCAGAUGAAUCUCUCGUGGACCAUGCAAGGGAUUUCAUAUUUUCACAAGUGUUGUUGCACUAUUAUUAUUAUUGUAUAUGUAUAGAUGACAACCCCUUAAACAGGCACUACGUAAUUAUGAUUGGAAUGCGUGACAUUUGUGCUUCGCACAAGGACAAUGUGGAGGGGGACAUAGAAAAACAACCACAAAAAAAAGAGAACAAACAUGGAAAAAAACAACCCAUUUUCACCAGGCAGUGUUUCCCCUCUGCCUCCAUCCUGUCCUGGCCUACCAACCCUCUCCAUCCUGGCCCUUACCACCCAGGGAAAUAAUAAAGACUAAUAAUUUAAGAUUUUAUAAAGGACAAAAAAACAGUAACAUCACCUGCGGGAUUCUCAAGUGCCCUCAGCUCCUCUUGUGUGUGUUCUCUACACGAGCGUGUAUGUAUGUGUGUAUGGGUGUAUGUAUGUAUGUAUGUAUGGGUGUGUAUGUGUUUGUGUGUCACCAAAGCUUCCUGGAGCCACCGGCUGUAUGUACAGUAUGCGCAGAUGAGAUAAAUACUCUUUGAUUUUUUUGUUUUGUUUGUUCCACCACGUACAGUUCCAGGAUCUGCAGAACGUGUUUUCUAUUAGUCUUGUUGUCCAUGUGUUGGUUCCAUUCCUCCUGUUCUUUCUGUUGUGGUUCUAACCGCCCCUCCCCUCCUCCUCCAGUACUCCAAUGUUUCUGUUAAGGCGCAGUCGCUCCUCGGCUGGCAGCGCUGUUGUCCUCACCCCCCACCCAACCUGAAACUCUACUCGACCUCCACCCAUACCCAACCCAAACCAAACCAAUCCCCUCUGGACUAAACAGCGCCCCCUAGCCUCCACAGAGGUGCACGAUUUUGUAUUGUGUUUUUUCCAUUAGAGUACAAUUGAGUUCUGUCAUGCGUUUUUGUAAUAAACCAUUGAUCGAA